CUUCCCUCCUCUGGUUAGCUAACGUGGAGUAGCCUGUUAUGGAAGAAGAGAGAGCACAAGCAAGGGGCUGUCUGAUAAAACGGGACCGGCUUGGACUAGUUCUGGGACGUGAUUUGGAGAGAUAACGCCACAUAGCGGAAGCUUGGCAGCGUCUAUCUGGUCCAAAACAAUAACACCACAGACAGAGAGAGAAAGCUAAAAUUGCGGGACUGCACAAUUUUGAGCACCCACCAUGGAGUCAGCACGGGCAGAAACACACCGCCGUCAAAUUUAGCUUUCCGCCAGCGCGACUGGACCUUUAUGGCCGCGGCGGCGGGUUGGAGCCGCGGUGAUCUUUGUUCGGAAACCCCCCGCUCCGUGACUGUUUUACCACCCUGACAGCACCCCGUUCGGCUGGUUUUAGCUGCGUUUGGAGGUCCCUGCGCCUUAUGGACCCUUGACGUUAGCUUUUGGCUUUUCUAUCCGUCUGCCUCCUCCUCUCUGACGGACGCGGCAGUCAUGUUCGCCGUGCGCAUCGUCACCGCAGACUACUACCUCGCGAGCCCCAUCAAAGACCUGGACGUCUGCUACUCUGAAUUCAGGGAGAGCGACGUGAAGAAGGUGCCGGUGGUCCGAAUAUUUGGAGCAACACCAGCAGGUCAGAAGACGUGUCUCCACCUCCACGGUGUGUUCCCGUACAUCUACGUCCCGUACGACGGCUAUGAGCAGCCAGAGCGCCACCUGCGACAGGUGGCCUUCAGCAUCGACAGGGCCCUCAAUGUUGCCAUGGGAAACCCCUCCUCCAGCACCCAGCACGUCUUCAAGGUGGUGCUGGUGUCUGGCAUGCCUUUCUAUGGUUAUCAUGCAAAGGAGAAGCACUUUAUGAAGAUCUACCUGUACAAUCCUCACAUGGUGAAAAGAGUGUGUGAGCUGCUGCAAAGCGGUGCGGUGAUGAAUAAGAGUUAUCAGCCCCAUGAGGGUCAUAUCCCCUACCUGCUGCAGCUCUUCAUAGACUACAACCUGUACGGCAUGAACCUGGUCAACCUAGGAGCUGUUAAGUUCCGCAGGAGCAGCAACAAAGAAGAAGCAACAAGACCAACUUCCAGCUGCCGGUUAAGCAUCAGUCCCUGGAAGAGCCCCUGUGCCUCCAAGUUCAACGACAGCACCCAGGGGGGCACUUUUGUCCACUGGGAGGAGACCGCGUUACCUAGCUCCUUGGUCCUGGAUGACGUGGAGAGGCAGAGCACGUGUGAGCUGGAGGUUGACGCCGUUGCUGUUGACAUCCUAAACCGCCUCGAUAUUGAAAAUCAGAUCGGCAGGAACCCGGGUCUGCAGGCCAUCUGGGAGGAUGAGAAGCAGAGGAGGAGAGAGAAGAACCAGACCUCUCAGAUAGAAACGCCUGAGUCACAAGAUCGAGGUUUUCUAACAUCAACGGAGAGCGAGAAAAUAUUCAUGAAGAGGCUGAAGGAGAUUCUGAAGGAAAGGUUUGAUGUGACACAGUCGUCUGUGGACGAGGAACCGGAGGAUUUCCCUGGUGAGCUUACUCUCCAUGCUGACCCCCUGACCCCAGACGGACUGCCUUGUACCCCUGCUAACGCUGUGGAGGUGCACAGGGACUCCCAGCCAGACUCCGUGAGGAGCAGUGGAAAGGUCCCAGAUGAGGCUGUUGUGAAUGAAGAAGCCAUCCUGAGUCUUCUGGAGAGCAGUCAGACAUUUCUUCCUCUCUCACAGGCAUCGGACCAUUCAUCUCUCUUAGACGGAAGUAAAGACCACGCAAUCGUCGAUUUACUGGCAGGCCUGGAGGACGAUGGCUUCCACAUGAACUCCCAGUCCCACUCACUUUCUGGUACCAGAAGCUACCACUGCAACAGCGAUGAGGAGGAAGCUGCGCCGGAGCUGGACAAGCAGGAGGCGGAGCUCAGCACAAUGAUGUCACAGCGGUGGGACAGCGAGGCUGCUGGGAGCUCGCUGGCACGGAGGCCUGCGGUGAAGGAGGCGGACGUCAGUGAUGAGCAGCAGGACUCGUCCGAUGACGACAUGGAGUGGAGCGGAAACAACUCCCUGUUCGCCGACCUGUCCAUCCCCCAGCUGGAUGGAGCAGCUGACGAGAGCAGCGAUUCCUCCUUAACCGACAGUGGCUCCAUAUCCCAGUCUUCACUCAUCGUCUCAGAGAAGCUGUUGGGGAAAACAAAUCCUUACACUGGAGAGACUGUCCACUUAGAGCCUCCCUCCUCAGCUAAAACGCUUUUAGAGCACAGACCGGUUCACGUUCUGAACUCAGAGGAACCACUUGAGAAGCACUUUCAGCUAAAAAGCAGCCAGGACAGCAGCAGUGAAUGUUCAGCAGGUUUCCAGGUUAACAAGGAGAUCCCCUACAUCCUCCCAGUCAAGCACCCGAUUCCCUGUAAGAUAACCAACCACCCUGAAGUGUCCCCCAUGUUCACAUAUGACAAGAAAACUUCUAUAACCUUACAGAAGACAGACAUCGAAGGUUUCCCGUUUGGUAACAGAAAGGUCACCAAGAACAGGAAACGAUACGGCAGCUUAAAAAAUGUAGAAAGCAACUGUCUGUCGAUUCUGCAGAACCACAGGUCUUUCUCCCUCUGCUACUCUGAGCUCAGAAACUGCUCAGCUAAGACUGUGGAACUGGGCUCCAAGGAGAGCCCCAUCCUGAUGAACAUCACCUCAGCGUCUUCAACCAUGAAGGAGGAUGAGUUUCUGGGUCCACACAAGAAGGAGAUUGCCCAGGAGAGCGAGGAAGGAGACGUUGGGGAACUGAAAAUCAGGUAUGAGAAUUAUCAGGACAACAACACUGAGAGGACCAACAUGGCUCAGCAGGAGGCCCACUACAAGUUCUUCCCCAGUGUCAUCCUGUCCAACUGCCUGAGCAGGAAGAAGACCGGGACCAAGAAGAUGACAGAUACCUGCAGCAGACCGGAUCUUUCCCCGUCUCGCAGGUCCAGGCUGAAGGUGGGGAAGAAAAGGUUAGGGAUGGCAGGACAAAGGAGCAAAACCAAGAUGAUGCUAAGCUCUAGCUCUGAGAGUCUGGCCAGCAACAGUCUCACCUCCACCACUACUGAUGGUCCCAUUACUGGCGAAACGGAGGAACCAGGUCCAACAGAGGAGGGUGAUCCACCUCCAGAUUAUCCACAUGUAGAGAUGAUCAUCAGAGAAGAGGUGGAGGGUGAGAAUAAGACUAUAAAUGAGCAGACAGAAGCAGUUUCAGAGCCUGUCGAAGUCAAAUUCACUGCUGGUUCCUCUUCUUCUGAGGAAGCCACAGACUCAGCAGAGAGCCGACUGGACCCAGAACCAGACUUGCAGGCUGAAGUCACCUGUACCAAACCGUCAGCACUGCCUGGGAGUAAAUACACCCUGAGGACCAAGCGGAAGAUGGCCUACAAUGGUGUGGAUGGAGAACACUCUGGUCCCACUCGCUCCAAAAACAGAUCUUCUGUCAAAGAAGGACUGAAGGACAGCAUCGUCCCUGGUGGACAAGAGCCGAAACACCUAAAACGACGCAAGAAGGAGCCUCCAGUCAUCAUCAAGUACAUCAUCAUCAACAGGUUCAAAGGACGGAAGAACAUGCUGGUGAAGAUGUGCAGGGUGAACUCAGAGGAGCCUUCAGUGUUACUGACCCCUGAUAAACUUGAGCAGUACCAUAAACUGGCUCCUCUCAAGGGGUUUUGGCCCAAAGUACCAGAUUCCACCGCGGUCAAGUUUCCAGUCACUGAACCCAAAGCUAAAAAACACCAUAAAAAAAAGGCAAAGGCCAACAGCACCAACAAGAAAAUGGUAAACGUCACCUCAAAACCUGGGAUCAGACGGGUUGAUGGACUCAGAAGGACUAAAGGCUGUCAGAGAGGCCCGAUUCUGCCCUCUCUGCCCCCCCCUCGCCCAUGCUACUGCGAGCUGGCCGAUGACCAUGACGGGGAGUAUGCAGACGUCAUGGUGGAGUUAGGAUAUCUCUCUGAUAGAUCCCCAAGUCCCACAGAUUCAACUCCUCCACGAUGCUGGUCCCCGAGUGACCCGCUGAGGACCAGCUGGAGUUCAGCUAAGCUGCUGGAUCCGCUCAGUGACCCGUGUCUCGGUUCUGCCUUUCAAAAGCCGCAUACAACGUCUUCAACCAAAGGAGCCCAUAGAAGGCGUCGAACCGUCAAACCAAACAAGACCACAGAGGCUGGCAGGAAAGGAAGCAGGUCUGCUGUGAAGCCUCCAGAAGAGCCAAAAACGGGGAAGUCAAAAAGAGGUUCUGCUGCUCCGAGGCAAGCCAAGAAGGCUGAGAGUUCCUCACCAACUACCAGACCGAUGAGGAUACGGAAAAAGAAACCCGACCAACAGAAAAGCCAUGACUUGAGCUGCUCCCAGCUCCUGUUCUCAGAGAGCAACCUGCCUCCAUCACAGAGCUCCUCACAGGAAGUCCCCCCAUUUCAGCAGCCAGUGGACUCUGAAAUUAGCCAGGUCCAGUCCUGCUCUGUAUUUGGAUCCAGCUCCACCUCACUAACCCAGUUUGUAGAACCAAAGGUUGAGGACUGUGAGACGUCCAUCACGGAAACCAACCAAAGCUGCUCAGCUCCAGCUGAGACCAAGCAACAAGGUUGUCAGACCAUCGCGGUGAAGGCAGAGGCUUCACAGGAGGAGAGCAGAGCUCCCCGACUGGCUGUGGAGCACAAACAUGUCCAGCUACACUCAGUUCCAAGAAAUGGGGAGGUACCCCCCCUCACUGAGAGCUCCCCUGGCCUGGUUGUCCUCAAGCAGCUUCUCCAGAAGAGGCAGCAGGGUCAGGCCCUUCCUACACAGGUGGUUGGUAAAGACGGCCAUGCUGCCAUAGCUCAGGUGGCAGCCCUGCUCAGCCCGUCGGCUAAACCCACCAAACACAAGAGAGCUCCCCCCACCUCUCCUCGAAAACCCAGGGCCCCAAAGUCCACUACUCCCAAAGACAAAAAGCCCAGAAACAGGAAGGUGAAGAUGAGCAGCACUCAGCCAGACAUGUCCUUGAAGGAGUCUGGUGACUCCCCAUUCUUCCUGUCAGAUCCAGGACUGGACAGCUUCAUGGAGGACAGCUUGUCUCCAGAACUCCCUCACAACUAUACGUUUGACAUUAACACCAUCCAUCAGACAGACUUCUCCAGUCCAUACAGCGGCAACCAGUUUGUCCUGACCGAUAAAAACUUACCGCUCAAGUUCCUCAGCGACGUCAGCCAGGAAGCUCCACCUGCCGAAGAUCUUCCCCAGAACCAGAACCUUCAGGCUUCUUUUCAGAGAAUCCCGGAGUCAUCCAGAGACGAACCUGCCAGUCCCAACUUGUUUAACAGACCUGAGAACGGAGACUCUGUAUCAGACUUUACUUUGCCUGACUUGGAGAAAACCAGCAGCAGAGACGUGACAUUCAGGAAAGCCCCCGCCCUCAGCCCCUUCCAGGACUUCCACUGUGAGCGGAAGGAGCUGCUCUUCUCAGCUUUGGACACGGUGCUGCCUUUAAGCUCUGCCUCCUUUGUUUACCAUGAUGGCUCCCCCACCAGCGACCUACUGGACAGCAUCGACGGGCUAACGUCCACCACCCCCAGCAGCUCUCCUCGUUCCAUCAGCUCGGUGUCGCAGGUGAGGGCGAGCCAGCUGCAGCGGGGGGCAGCGGGGGGCGCUCACAUCCUCAAGCCCCUCAUGUCCCCUCCGAGCCGGGAGGAGAUCCUCAGCACUCUGCUGGACCUGGAGAUGUCAGAGGCCUCCUUCCAGGAGCCGUUCUGCAGCAAUCCUGCCGAUGCUCCAGGGAAACCAAUGGAGGUCGGAGGCCGGAAGCUAACGGUAGCAACCAGACUGGUGAAGGAGCUUCCAGAGUUCAGCGGAGACCUGUCGUUGGAGGGUCUCCGUUUCUGGAAGACCGCCUUCUCGGCCAUGACGCACCCCUCCGCCACCGUUACCUCGUCUUCUGCUCAGGGAGCAGAGAAAACUGAAGAACAAGCAGAGCAUGAUGGUUCCUCAACCAGCGACAAGAAAGUAGUCCUUCUGCCCUGCAGAAACCCACCCAGCCGGGAGUGUGUGCAGCUAUGGCUGGAGGCCAGGAAACAGUAUGAGAGUCUGCAGAAAGGUAGGAGGGAGGUGGAGGAGAGGAAUCCCGAGAGAACCGAACAGCCAGCUGCUUUCAGCUGUCCAGCAGUGAAGGUGGAGCAGGGUGGGGGUCCUUCCAGCACCAGGGUUCAGAGGAGAAAGAAACUGGACCUGUCCUUGAUCAUCUCUCCUGUAGUGAGUAAAGGCUCACAGAGUAAGUCCACAGAGACCAGUCCGGUUUCUGAUGAAGGCAGCGUGGAUCUUCAGCUCAAAGCUGCUGCUGAUGACAAUGAUGAUGAUGCUCAGACCACCUCUCCAGAGUCCCCAGAGCUGCCUCCGUGGCAGGAGUCCCAUCAGUUGAGCUCCUCAGAACCAGAUGGCCUCAACAAGAACAAGCUAAGUGAAAACUCACCGGAGCCAACGUCACCCACACUCUCUAAUCUACAGGAAAGACUUGGCGGGAGCCAUACUCCAUCUCCUCUCCAUGGCAGGGAGAAGGAGAGGACCAGCCCCUACCUCCUGCACAGCACACCUUUUCUAAAGAAACAACAAAGAAGCAAAGAAGACCUGGAACCAGUGUGCAGCACACCCAUGUCUGAGGAUGAUCCAGCUUCUAUAAGACUUCAGCACAGGAGAAGAAGCCAGGCGGGUCCACUGAGGAGGGUCUUACUCACCACACAGAUGAAGAACCAGUUUGCUACUCUGAAUGUGCCAAAGAAGGACUAUUCUCAGAUUGAAGGGCCCAGUAUAGCUAACUCAUAUGGUUUCAAAGUCAGCAUGCAAAAUCUGCAGGAUGCCAAAGCCUUGCAUGAGGUCCAGUAUCUGACCUUAAUGGGAAUGGAGCUCCAUGCAAGAACUCGCCGAGACCUCGAAGCCGACCCGGAGUUCGACCCCAUAUGUGCCUUAUUCUACUGCUUUAGCUCUGAUGCUCCACUGCCGGACACAGAUGGCGGCCAGCUGACGGGCGCCAUCCUGGUGGACAGGGACUGUGGACGCUGUGGCCGAGCAGGUCGUAGAGAAACGGCGCCGCUGCUGGUCCGGUCGGGCGUCUCCGGGCUGCAGGUGACAUACGUCAGUGAGGAGAAGAAUCUGUUCCAGGAGCUUAUCAUCGUCAUGAGGAGGUUUGAUCCAGAUGUCCUGCUGGGCUACGAGGUGCAGCUGCAUUCAUGGGGAUACCUCCUUCAGCGGGCCACAGCACUCGGCGUGGACCUGUGCCAGCAGCUGUCCCGAGUACCAGGCGACUCCAAAGAGAACCGAUUCUCAGCAGAGAGAGACGAGUACGGCGCAGACACCAUGACCGAGAUCAACAUCAUUGGACGCAUCACACUCAACCUGUGGAGGGUGAUGAAGACCGAGGUGACGUUGAACAACUACAGCUUUGAGAACGUGGCGUUCCACGUGCUGCACCAGCGUUUCCCCCUCUACACCCCCCGCAUGCUGUCCGACUGGUUCGACCACAACACCAACUUAUACAGGUGGAAGAUGGUGGACCAUUACGUGAGCCGUGUUCGCGGUGCCAUGCAGCUUCUUCAGCAGCACGACAUCAUUGGCAGAACCAGCGAGCUCUCCAGACUGUUUGGGAUUCAGUUCCUUCACGUCUUGACCCGAGGAUCGCAGUACCGUGUCGAGUCCAUGAUGCUCCGUGUGGCCAAACCCUUGAACUACAUCCCCGUGACCCCCAGCGUGCAGCAGCGUGCCCAGCAGAGGGCGCCACAGUGCAUCCCAUUGGUGAUGGAGCCUGAAUCUCGCUUCUACAGCAACUCUGUGGUGGUCCUGGACUUCCAGUCGCUCUAUCCCUCCAUCGUCAUCGCGUACAACUACUGCUUCUCCACCUGCCUCGGCCACGUGGACAGACUGGGAACGCCGGAUGAGUUUAAGUUUGGCUGCACUUCCCUGCGAGUUCCCCCCGAGCUCCUCCACCAGCUCCGUAAUGACAUCACCGUGUCCCCCAGCGGAAUCGCCUUCGUCAAGGCGCCGGUGCGUAAAGGUGUGCUGCCCAGCAUGCUGGAGGAGAUCCUCAACACCAGGAUCAUGGUGAAGCAGUCCAUGAAAACCUACAAGCAGGACAAAGCCCUGAUGAGGCUGCUGGAUGCCCGGCAGCUCGGACUCAAGCUCAUCGCCAACGUCACCUUCGGCUACACCUCCGCCAACUACUCUGGACGCAUGCCCAGCGUGGAGGUGGGAGACAGCAUCGUCCACAAAGCCAGAGAGACCCUGGAGCGAGCCAUCAAGAUGGUCAAUGAGACGAAGAAAUGGGGAGCGCGUGUAGUGUACGGAGACACGGACAGCAUGUUUGUUUUGCUGAAAGGAGCCACCAAAGAACAGGCCUUCAAGAUCGGCAACGAGAUCGCUGAGGCUGUCACGGCAACCAACCCCAAACCGGUCAAACUCAAGUUUGAGAAGGUCUACCUGCCCUGCGUGCUACAGACUAAGAAGCGUUAUGUCGGCUACAUGUAUGAGAGCCUCGACCAGAAGGAGCCGGUGUUUGAUGCCAAAGGAAUAGAAACAGUGCGCCGUGAUGGAUGCCCCGCUGUUGCCAAGGUUCUGGAGCGGUCCAUUAAGCUUCUGUUUGAGACCCGGGACAUCAGCCAGGUGAAGCAGUUCGUCCAGCGUCAGUGUGUGAAGGUGUUGGACGGCCGGGCCAGCAUGCAGGACCUGACCUUUGCCAAGGAGUACCGGGGUAGCGGCUCGUACCGACCCGGAGCCUGUGUCCCUGCUCUGGAGCUCACUAGGCGGAUGAUGGUGUAUGACCGGCGGCUGGAGCCACGCGUGGGCGAGCGGGUGCCCUACGUGAUCGUGUACGGCAUGCCUGGUGUGCCCCUGAUCCAGCUGGUCCGCCGGCCCAUGGAGGUCCUGCAGGACCCCGGCCUGCGUCUCAACACCACCUACUACAUCACCAAGCAGAUCCUGCCGCCCCUGGCUCGCAUGUUCCAGCUGAUUGGCGUGGACGUGUUCAGCUGGUACCAGGAGCUGCCCCGGGUCCAGAAAGCCUCCUGCUCUUCGGUUCUGGGCGGAGAGGAAGGUGGGAGGAAGGGAACCAUCUCCCAGUACUUCACCACCCUUCAUUGCCCCGUGUGUGACGAGCUGACCCAGCUAGGGGUGUGUUCCCGCUGCCGUACCGAACCCCAGCGGGUCGCCGUUACUCUCUACCAGGAAAUGCGACAGUGGGAGAGUCAGCAGGACCACCUGCUGAAGAUCUGCAGGAACUGCAGCGGCGGCUCGGAGCGCCAUGUUCCCUGCGUGUCCCUGGACUGUCCCGUCCUCUACAAGCUGUCCCGGGUCAACAGGCAGCUGUCCAAGGCUCCCUACCUCCGACAGCUGCUGGAGCAGUUCUGAUUGGCUUUGGUGUUCUGGAGCUCUCUGCUGGUUUGGUGCUAAUUGCUGCCCCUCCCCCGUCCCCCUCCAUCUAACGGUGCUUGGAUUGAACCCUGACAGGUUCCUCGUGUUAUUUGACUUUGUCGCCAUGUCCAUGGUGGACCUGAUGUCACUGGUUAGGAGUUCCUGACCAGUCCAGCCUCUAUUCAGACCACUACAUAACUUUGUUUUAAACUGACUGCAGAUUUGGAAUAUGUCUUUGUGACAUCCAUCCUCUGACUCACUGUGUAUCAGCAUUAAAAAGAGAAAAAAAGCUCCCACAUGAAUGCAAUCAGCUGUUUCUGUGUUCUGUUAAAAGGGGCCAUUUUUAGUUUCUUCUGACCGUGAUUGUAUUAACGUUGACUGAAGCAGAUCUGACACAUCCAACUUUAACAUGUAGGAACUGGAAACUUGUUUUUAAUCUGGGACUGUUGCAAUACUGUUCUGAUAAUUUAUGCCAUGCAGAGUGUAUUAUUUCCCUGUGAAUAUGGUUUUAUGUACAUGUCCUCAAACUACACGGAGAUCUUCAGUUC